AUGUUCAAUAAAUACCUGCGCAUAGCCACUGCGUUUACUCCGUCCACAACCGACUGCAGGAUGAUCAUCAUUCUGGAAGGGAACAUAGCCGCGGGGAAGACAACCUUUUUGGAUCUCCUGGUGCACAACCAACCUGAAUGCAUUCAACGUUGGAUGAACGUAAUCCCGGAACCGGUCACCGACUGGCAGAAUUUCGACGGCGUCAAUAUUUUGGAUAUGUACUACAGUGACAGAAAAAGAUGGGCCAUGGCUUUUCAGCUCAACGCGUACAACACUCUGAAGAACUACGAAACGUCGACGCACCACCUGACUCGAGAUGCACGACAGAUUGUAAUCAUGGACAGGUCUACGUUCUCUGUAAAACAUAUAUUUAACAACAUAGCUUCGGAGUACAUGACCGCCUUCGAGACGAAAGUCCUCAACGAUAUACUCGAAAAAAUCCCCUCGAUGUUUUCGUCGAGAGAAAACGAUGAUGUCGUGACCGUAUAUCUCAGGACACCGGUAGAAGAAUGUCACCGCAGGUUAAAGAGACGCGGUCGCAAAGAAGAAAUGGGGGUCGACGUGGAAUAUCUUACGAAGAUCCACGAGCUAUACGAACAACACAUCUACGAUAAAGCGUACGGCAGGUUGUUGGUAGUCGACAGUUUUGAUAUACACGACUUCAAGAAAACACUGAUCGAGUUUGUGGAUUCGAGUGGCCGUAAACGUCAACGCAACCUGGUGAAUCUCAUUUACGACAUCUAUAUGAGUGGUACCACCCACGUCAUGGACGUAAGGACAAACGAUGACUGA